AUGACAAAGAAGAAAGCAGCCCCGAAAAUUGGCAGAGUGGCCAAAUAUGGAAAGAGCUCAGACAGAUUCCUGUUCAACAGCUCCUUAAAAGAAGACCACAACGAUCAUAUCUUUUCUGUCACAUUCGACCCGUUUGUUCAUCCUAAUCAAAAUCAGAUUUUUGCAACUGUAGCAAAGAAUGGGCUGAGAAUUUAUGAGUGCAAGAAAGACAAGACAACUCCUAUCCAUGUAUUCGAAGAUCCCGAUAAAACUGAGAAUUUUUACACAACUGCCUGGGGAAUUUACGAGGGAGAUCCAAUCCUUGCCUUUGCCGGAUUUCACGGAUGCAUUAGAGUUUUAAAUAUAACCAAGAGAAUUAUCUGUAGACAUCUUAUCGGUCAUGGAGCUGCUAUAAACGAAGUUCAAUUUCAUCCAAAGCAUCGACGACUUCUCGCGUCUGCAUCAAAAGAUCUAACGAUACGGAUAUGGAAUGUUCACUCUGAAGUUCAAGUGUUUAUCUGUGGCGGACUUCAUGGCCAUCGAGACGAAGUAUUGAGCUGCGACUUUAACCAGAGUGGAACUCUUCUGGCAUCAUGUGGGAUGGACCACAUGAUUAUGAUCUGGAACUUCGACUCCAAAGUGGCGAAACUAGCAAUACAGGCUGCCGAUGCCUUCCAACUUCAGUAUUCUAAAAGUCCUUUUCCAACAACAACUUUGCCGCCUAUCUAUGUCACACGUGACAUUCAUUCUAAUUAUAUUGAUUGCGUUCGAUGGUACGGGGAUUUCAUCUUUUCGAAAUCCUGUGAACACGAAAUAAAGUGUUGGGAACCAGACCUAUCGAAGCCCCACGAGAUCAAUCCAAGUCCACCUGUUACCGCCAUGAUAAGCAUUCCCCUACUCGACUCGCCGAAUUGGUACGUUCGCUUUGGAAUUGAUCGUUAUUUACAGUAUAUGGCUGCUGGAAACGCCAAUGGAAACAUUUAUGUCUGGGACCUAGACUCCUUUUCAAAAAGUACUAAACCAAAACCCCUUAUCCUUACUCAUGGAAAGCGAUCUGCUCAAUGUCGCCAGUGCAAUUUCUCCAAUGAUGGUAGUAUUUUGGUUGGGGUUUUCGACGAUAGCACCGUCUGGCGAUAUGAUUUGAAUCCAAAAUAUAAAGAUGACCCCUCUUCUGUAGAGAAUGGCACCACUAAUGGUCAUUCUAACGGUGUAAAUGGGGAGUCCCUGUCUAACGGUCAAAAUGGUAAUCCUCAUGAAGAAUCACCAAGUUUGAAUGCAGGAAUGACAUCUAAUGCUCCUAUUCAAAACGGGCACAAUCAUGAAAAUGGACAUUCAAAGCGAGCAAGUGAAGAGAAUUCAGAGAACCCCGCGGUACCUAGAGACGAGAUGGUCGAAACAGUCGAGAAUGGCAGCGGAAAAGACAUGCGAUCCCAGCCGAAAACCUCAGAAGUCGUCGCCGAAGAGCCAAAUCUUGAGUCAAAAGAAGAGGUCAAAGAAGAGCCAACUGAAGAGCCCAUGGAAACAACGAUGAGUGGAAUGCCUAACUUAGAGCCUGUCACUGAGGAUAUCGAACAACCUGCGAAGAAGAUCAAACUCGACCCUGACUUGGAGGACAACGACAAAAGUUAA